AACGCAGUUUCAGCAAUUUGUCAGCCUCGAAUUCGGACUUGUGGAGAACAUCGCUUUUCCCGAAACGAAUCGAAUGAAAAAGAAGGAUGGACGUUAUCCGCUUUGUCGCCAUUGUUCAUUGCCUUCACGUGUGGAUUGCACCGUGUUUGUUUCUUUACCCUACUCGAUUUGCUCCUCAUUUACGUUUCUUUUCUUAUUUAAAUCCCAUUCCCUCUCAUUUUUCUUCAUCCCGGAGUUUAAUUUUCUUCUGGGUUGUGAAAAUUGCUGAAUCAGGCAAAUGGGUCGCUUCCCAUUUGCCAUUCUUUUGCUCUCUUCAUUUUUUGUUUUGAGGUUUUGUUCCGUUCAUGGAAGAAUUCCGACCACCGUAGAAGGGCCGUUUAAGCCUGUAACUGUUCCGCUUGAUAAGAGUUUCCGGGGGAAGGCCCAGGACUUGCCGGAAACUGAUCCGAGAGUUCAGAAGAAUGGGGGCCAAUUUGUGCCGGAGCAGAUUUCUGUUUCUCUCUCUGCGGAUUAUGACUCUGUUUGGAUUUCUUGGAUCACAGGGGACUUUCAAAUUGGAGAUGCCAUUCGGCCAUUAGAUCCUGAGAAAGUUGCGAGUAUUGUCACGUAUGGGAAGUUCCUCAUGCCAAUGAAAAACCAAGCAAAGGGUUAUUCUCUUAUCUACAAUCAACUUUAUCCCUUUGAAGGCCUCAAGAACUACACAUCUGGAAUUAUACACCAUGUUCGUCUAACGGGAUUGGAGCCUGAUACUUUGUACCAAUAUCAAUGUGGAGACCCUUCAGCUGCAGAAGAAAUAAGCGAUAUCCAUUACUUCAGGACCAUGCCUGUUUCUGGGCCUAAGAGUUAUCCUAAUAGAAUAGCAUUGGUUGGUGAUCUGGGUCUUACAUACAACACUACAUCAACAGUUGAUCAUAUUUUGAAGAACCAUCCCGAUCUUGUGCUAUUGAUUGGGGAUGUGAGUUAUGCAAACCUAUAUCUUACAAAUGGCACUGGCUCUGAUUGUUACUCUUGUUCGUUUCCUCAUACUCCUAUUCACGAAACUUAUCAGCCUCGUUGGGAUUACUGGGGAAGGUAUAUGGAGCCUCUAAUAUCUGAAGUUCCAUUAAUGGUGGUGGAAGGGAACCACGAGAUCGAACCACAAGCUGAAAAUCGAACAUUUGCAGCUUAUAGUUCUCGAUUUGCAUUCCCAUCCAACGAGAGUAACUCGUCUUCGACAUUUUACUACUCUUUCAAUGCAGGUGGCAUUCAUUUUAUAAUGCUUGGUGCCUACAUUUCAUAUGACAGAUCAGGUGACCAAUACAAAUGGCUAGAACAAGACCUGGCUAAAGUUAACAGGAAAGUUACUCCAUGGUUGGUAGCUACAUGGCACCCACCAUGGUACAGCACCUACACUGCUCAUUAUAGAGAAGCAGAGUGCAUGAGAGUGGCAAUGGAAGACUUGCUCUACAAGUAUAAAGUUGACUUAGUUUUCAACGGCCAUGUAUGUCCUCUUUAUUUGUUUCUGCCACACGUAAUAUCGUUCGUGCAUAAUCUGACGAUUUCGAUUCACGACCAGGUUCAUGCCUAUGAGAGGUCAAAUAGAGUAUAUAACUAUACUUUGGAUCCUUGCGGUCCGGUCUACAUAACGGUAGGUGAUGGAGGUAACCGAGAGAAAAUGGCAAUUGAACAUGCUGAUGAACCCGGAAACUGUCCAGACCCGUCCUCGACACCGGAUGAAUACAUGGGCGGUUUCUGUGCGUUCAAUUUUACAUCAGGCCCAGCUAAAGGAAAAUUCUGCUGGGAUCAGCAACCUGAUUAUAGCGCUUAUCGUGAAAGUAGCUUCGGCCAUGGCAUUUUGGAGGUGAAAAACGAAACUCAUGCGUUGUGGACAUGGCAACGAAACCAGGACUCGUAUAGAUCUGUCGGGGAUAUAAUAUACAUCGUACGACAACCAGACGUUUGUCUCAAUGAGAUGAAGGUUCAUACUUGAUGAAUUCAGACACAAGCCUUGAGAAUACAAAGAAAGCUAAAUGAGGAGGUUCAGAAUUAUACUCGGUUUCAAUUGGGUUUGUUUUCUUCCGUGACUCUUGUAAAAGUCCGAUUUUCUCGAGGCAAUUAAUAAUAUAUGACAACGUGAUUUAGCAUUUC